UUGGGCUGAGAUUCUGCUGCUGGCAGAGAGGAGUGGAGUGGGCAUGGGGCAGUGUCUGAGGCACCAGAUGCACUGGGAGGACCUGGAAGAAUACCAGGCCCUGACCUUCCUGACCAGAAACGAGAUCCUGUGCAUCCAUGACACCUUCCUGAAGCUCUGUCCUCCUGGGAAAUACUACAAGGAGGCCACACUGACCAUGGACCAGGUCAGCUCCCUGCCGGCCCUGAGGGUCAACCCUUUCCGAGACCGAAUCUGCAGAGUGUUCUCACACAACAACGUGUUCUCCUUCGAGGACGUGCUGGGCAUGGCCUCUGUGUUCAGCGAGCAGGCCUGCCCCAGCCUGAAGAUCGAGUAUGCCUUCCGCAUCUACGACUUCAAUGAGAACGGCUUCAUCGAUGAGGACGACCUGCACCGGCUCAUCGUGCGGCUGCUCAACUGCCAGGACGUGUCGGAGGACCUGCUGACGGACCUCACCAGCCACGUGCUGGGCGAGUCGGACCUGGACAACGACAACAUGCUGUCUUUCUCGGAGUUUGAGCACGCCAUGGCCAAGUCGCCAGACUUCAUGAGCUCCUUUCGGAUUCACUUCUGGGGAUGCUGAUGUGGCCACAGACGCCUGAUCUGGAGACCCUGAGGGGGACAGCUGGGCUUGGAAUUCAGCCCUCUCCAGCAUGGGGGUGCUCAUCACAGCCUGGCUGGUAUGCCCGGUGCCCC